AUGACAAGUGUGUGGCGUCGACUGCAGCUUCGGAUCGCUGGGACCACACCCGCACGGCGCUUCCAGGAGGAAGCUGACGUGGGUGUCGCUGCAGUGCUGAGCUGUUUUCGAAGCUUAAAGCUAGACCCACAAAACGCUAACAAGAAACAUGAGGAGAUGUUUGAUCAGGCAGUGGAAAUCGUUGGGGCCAAGAAGUUUGAGCAGCAAAAGCAGUACGUACAAGACGAAGUCGCGAAGCAGGUUCAGAGCUGUUUUGAAGCUGUAUUGAAGAUGCCCAAGGAUUCGGAGAAGAAUGCGCCCAAGAUGUCGCUGUCUGGCUUUGAACGCACCACUGAAGUGGAGGAAAAGCUUGGAAUUAGUGACAAUUUCCAGAAGCUUUUCGGAUUUACCUUGAAUGUAGAAAAGUCUAGUGUUCCAGACGCAGGCGAAGGUGUAAAACUCUAUGGGUCAGCUUUGAUUGGAUCACUGGUGGCACUAUACCCCGGCAUCGUCUACUUGCCGGAGCAUUACAAGAAGGAACAUCACAUAAGCAAAUUAUCAAACAACCCCUACGCUCGAGCUCGCUUCGACAGUGUAAUCAUUGAUGCCAAGAACGAGUCUUCGAGUCCGCGUAAUCCACUUGCUGUCGCUCACAAGAUUAAUCACCCUCCCAGUGGAACGUCCCCCAACGUCAUUGGCUUCGCUUUUGAAUUUCCGCCGGAAGGACCCUUUGCGACUAAGGAAUUUGACGAGCUUAUUCCGAAUAGCUUUGUUCAAGAACCUUCACGCCUGUCCAUGUUUGGCAAGCGCGCUAUCGUGCAUGGGCUUGCCUUUAUCGCUGUGGCAGACAUUGCAGACGAAGAAGAGUUAUUCCUCAACUAUCGAUACAACCCAGAUCGUCUACUUCCCAAGUGGUACACAUCCAUAGACGCCGAUAGUGAUCGCGCUAUGUGGAAAUAG